AUGUCUCGCCGAUUCAAUAGCACUAUUAUUUCAAUAUUUUUUGUUGUACUUUUGGCUUCAUUAAUGUCGAAAAUAGAUGCACAGGGUGGUUCAUCAGCAACAACAACAAUAGCCACCGUAGUUAAUGGUACAACAACUAUUACCAAUGGUACAGUAACUACCGGUAAUAGUACAACAACUACAGGCAAUGGUACAACCACUACAGGCAAUAGUACAACAACAACGGGCAACAGUACAGUAACUACUGGCAAUAGUACCACAACUACGGGUAAUGGUACAGUAACUACAGGCAAUAGUACCACAACUACAGGCAAUAGUACAACAAUUACAAGCAAUAGUACGACAAUUACGGGCAAUGGUACAACAGCUAUGGGCAUUAGUACAACAACUAUAGCCACCACAGUUAAUGGUACAACAACUAUGACCAAUAGUACAACAACUACAGGUAAUGGUACAACAACUAUUACCAAUAGUACAACAAUUACAAGCAAUAGUACAACAACUACGGGCAAUGGUACAACCACAAUGAUUAUGGGCACUACUACUGUCGUUAUGAAUACAGCCAUGCCAAUAACUACUACUGUCGUUAUGAACACAACGAUGCCAAUAACUACUACUGUCGUUAUGAACACAACGAUGCCAAUGACUACAAUGUCGUCCACUACAUCUUCAACAACAACCACAACAACAACAACAACAACGACAACGACAAGUACUGGAACAACUGUAACACCACAACAAAGAAGUCAUGGUAAUAAUCUAUAUUCAAGCAAAAUACUUUCCAUUUUUCUUUUUUCAUUGUUUUUUAUCUUUUAA